GGAGAGUCAGGCCAAACGGGGCCCCACCGCCCUAAGGGCAAGGAGAGAGAAGGGAGUUAGUCCCUUAUGAGAAGCGUUCUUCAGUGCUAAGGGAUAGGGAAAUGUCUACGGCCAGCCCAGGACAACUUGUGGGGCUCCCUUGCUCAGGGACGAUGACGUCACGCCCCAGCCCCCCGCGCGCCCCUCACUGAGCUGCUGGUUCUGUCUCCGGUCAGACCCCACGCGCCCCCGGACCCCGAUCCCCGUGCUCGCCAUGGCUGGCGCCGAGGUCCUGAUGCUACUCUUGCUGCUGCUGCACCCCGGGCUGCUGCCGCUAGCCACGGCAGCCGGUGGAGACCCGUUCGCCAAGCAGCUGGGCCCCACCAGCUCGUGCCAGCUGCAGUGCCGGCUCUGGAUUCCGCACUCGGCCGUGGCGGCGGCGCAGGAGGAGCUGCGGAACGCCUGCGCCCGAGGCUGCCGCCUCUUCGCCAUCUGCCACUUUGUUGCGGCCAGCUCCGAGGCCAACGUCACCCUGGCCGAGUGCAAAGCAGCCUGUCUGCAGGCCUACGACCAGGCUCCAGAGCAGCUGGCAUGCACCGAUGGCUGCUGGAGGCAGAUGCCCGAACCGCUGAGACCUUCGCUCUCGCCUCCACCUUCACCUUCUCCUCCACCUCCACCUGGGCACCAGAAGGGAUGGAGACCAUCGCCUCCUCCUGACACCAUUUCAGUGAUGGACCUCUUAUCCAAUCUGUGCAAUAAGUUAAUCAGCUCAGCCCAAAGCUUCAUCUCCUCCACUUGGACCUAUUACCUUCAGGCAGACAAUGGGAAGGUGGUAGUUUUCCAGUCACAGCCCGAAAUAGAAGCCCCUAUAUCAGAAGCAACUCAAAAACACAUCGAGGUGACCUCCUCUGUGGAGCUCCAUUCAGGUCCUAAAGAGAAAAAGGUGAAGAUUAAAGGCAAAAUGACCCAGGAGACCUCCCCUGGCCCCCAGCCAGAGCAUGAUUUUCUGGGCUGCAUGUCCAAGCGUUCUGGACUGCCCAAAUGGAUCCUGGCCUCCUGCCUCCUCUUUUCUGUGCUUGUCAUGCUGUGGCUCAGCUGUGCCAGUCUCGUGACUGCACCCGACCAGCAUGUCCGGAACCAGGUAGGUGGGCAUUUGGGAAUGGAGAGGGGAGAUACUGAAUGUGUUUCUUGUAACUCUGUCUCCCCUUCCAAAGACUCCAACCAUGGCUUUGCUCAUGUCCAGGAUAUUUCUCUUAGCCUUUUCCCACAACAUGGGGCUCUCUCCUCUUUUCCCCUUUCCUUUGAACCAUAGGAUUCCAGAAUUGGAAGUUCCCUCAAAGAAUAUUGAGUCUAUUCCCCUCCCAAGUGCAUGAAUCCAUGAUAGGUGGACAUCUCUGCUUUGCUCAAACACCUCUAAGGAUGGGGAGCUCAUCACCUCCUGAGGCAACUCCAUCUUCUCCCCACAAUGGGGAUUCUGUUUUCCUCCUUUCCUACCUCCCCCCCCCCACAGCCACUGAGCAUCUCUGGGGACAAGAAUUACUUGGAUGACCUGGAGUGGCCCUUGGCUCCAGCUCCCGCCCCCAUGAUAGCUGUAGCUGUGGAACCCCAGGAAGCUGGCCCCUUGCCCCUAAAGGUGGAGAUGGACCGUACAGUUCUGUAAAUCCCAGAACACUCUGGAGUUGGAGCUGUCCCUGCCUCGAAACCUCUACUCAGAAGACUCAAUGAUAAGAGGAGGGGGAGCAAGUCGGGGCUCCCAGUCCUCUGGGCCAUUAGGACAGCUCCCUGAUACUCUGCUGCCCAGUCCCUCUGGGCCUGGAAAAGUUCCCCUACUGGACCCCAAGGAAUAAUUCCCAAAUAGUCCUGUCUUCUCCAUUGCUUGUUGUCCAGGGGAUGCGUGAGUAUGAAUGGGAGUGUGUGUGUGUGUCCGAGUUGGGACAGGGCUAGAAGAGGUCUUGGUUCCCAAUCCCCCUUUCCCUUUUACUCAUCCUACAUUUCUCCCAGCCUGCUAGCUCAGCAUGUGAGUUUUGGUCCAGCCUUCCUACUGCUAGUCACUCAUACAAAGGGCAUCCGGUCUCAGAUGAAGCAGAUUUCCCUCCACUCUAGAUUAAUUUAUUAUCAUUUUCUAAUUUGUGAUCUUUUGCCUCUUCUGACUCCAAACUGAUUUUCCUCCCUGUUCUGUUGGGCUGAGACUUCGUUGGGGGAGGGGGUCUAGCUUGGGAAGCCCCCCCAUCCCACCCCACUGAACAACACCAGACAGCUAGCUCUAGGGCUGGCAGCGGGUGGGGGGCAGUUACUAGAGUGAGAGGAACAAUCGGGGAGUGAAUAAAAUCUUUAUAACCAA